GCGUCCCUGAGCUGCGCCGCCGAUCAGCUCGCUUCACUUCUUGGACCCAACACCACCAACGCCUCCGCCGCUGCUUCCUUCAUAUGCCGGCAGUUUUCCGACGUCUACGAUGCUUUCGUCAUCACCGGUUACGCCGUUGACUCCACUUAUCUCCUCUUCUCGGCUUACUUGGUCUUCUCUAUGCAGCUCGGCUUCGCCAUGCUCUGCGCUGGCUCAGUUCGCGCCAAGAACACCAUGAACAUCAUGCUCACCAACGUCCUUGACGCCGCCGCCGGCGGACUCUUCUACUACCUUUUCGGGUUCGCCUUUGCCUUCGGGACUGGUGAGAAAUCCAACGGCUUCAUCGGAAAUUACUUCUUCGGCUUGAAGGGCAUCCCCGACGCUGACGCCGGGAUGGAUUACGCUAAUUUUCUGUACCAGUGGGCUUUCGCCAUAGCCGCCGCCGGUAUAACGAGCGGCUCAAUUGCCGAGCGGACCCAGUUUGUGGCUUAUCUGAUAUACUCUGCUUUUCUCACCGGCUUUGUUUACCCGGUCGUCUCCCAUUGGUUCUGGCACGUAGACGGGUGGGCCAGCCCGACCAAUAAUUCAGAUCUCUUAUUCGGAUCCGGAGUCAUUGAUUUUGCCGGGUCGGGAGUCGUUCACAUGGUGGGUGGAGUAGCCGGAUUAUACGGCGCAAUAAUCGAAGGCCCGAGAAUCGGCAGAUUCGAUCGCUCGGGUCGAUCCGUUGCUCUACGCGGUCAUAGCGCGUCGUUAGUAGUUCUGGGCACGUUCUUGUUGUGGUUCGGGUGGUACGGGUUCAAUCCCGGGUCAUUUACCAAAAUAAUGGUCGCUUAUCCCGGCGGCGGCUUCUACGGCCAGUGGAGCGCGGUAGGCCGUACCGCCGUCACCACGACUUUGGCAGGGUGCACCGCCGCCCUAACAACCUUGUUCGUGAAAAGAAUUUUGUCGGGGCACUGGAACGUCACCGACGUGUGCAAUGGGCUCUUGGGCGGGUUCGCGGCAAUCACCGGCGGGUGUUCCGUCGUGGACCCGUGGGCGGCGAUCAUUUGCGGGUUCGUGGCGGCGUUGGUAUUGAUUGGGUUUAAUAAGCUGGCGGAGAAACUCAAAUACGACGACCCAUUAGAGGCGGCGCAGCUGCACGGCGGUUGUGGGGCUUGGGGGAUUAUAUUCACGGCGUUAUUCGCGAAGGAAAAGUACGUUAAUGAGGUUUACAGGCCGGGCCGGCCUUACGGGUUGUUUAUGGGCGGUGGCGGGAAGCUUCUUGCGGCCCAUGUGGUCCAGAUUUUGGUAAUCUUCGGAUGGGUAAGUGUCACAAUGGGUCCUCUUUUCUACAUUCUACAUAAAUUGAAUCUGUUGCGGAUCUCGGAGGAGGAUGAAAUGUCGGGUAUGGACUUGACCCGACAUGGAGGAUUUGCUUACGUGUAUGAUGAUGAAGAUCAUGACCAAAGGCCCGGUGGAUCCAGAUGAGGAAAAUUGAACUUCGUUUUCAAGUUUGAACUUGGCAAAAAGUCCCAACCCCAUUUUUAUUGUAAAGAGCAAAAUGAGAACAAUUCGUUUUCUUUUCAACUUUUUGAGUUUUCAAUAUUCUUAGGCCAAAUUUCAAGGAUUGUAAAGUUUUGAUGACUUAUCUGUUUCGUUUUAAAAAUUUGGAAUAAGUAGCUCGCAUCUUAGCUGUCAUAUGAUCGGGACAAUGUUUAGCGGAUGAGUUUGAUGAGAACGUAUAAUUGUUGUUUGGUUUAUUCAUCUUGAGAAGAGACUUAUCUUUCGUCCCAAUUAUUUAAAUACAUUUCAUAAGUUUAGAAUUUAA